AUGAAAUGUACCACCACACCAGGAACCACUUUUUCAGAGUCAACAACUACUACUGGUCCUACAGUGACAACAACUACUGGUCCUACAGAGUCAACAACUACUACUGGUCCUACAGUGACAACAACUACUGGUCCUACAGAGUCAACAACUACUGGUCCUACGGUGACAACAACUACUGGUCCUACAGAGUCAACAACUACUACUGGUCCUACAGUGACAACAACUACUGGUCCUACAGAGUCAACAACUACUGGUCCUACAGUGACAACAACUACUGGUCCUACAGUGACAACAACUACUGGUCCUACAACCACUGCUGGUCCUACAGUGACAACAACUACUACUGGUCCUACAGUGACAACAACUACUGGUCCUACAGUGACAACAACUACUGGUCCUACAACCACUGCUGGUUCUACAGUGACAACAACUACUACUGGUCCGACAACCACUGCUGGUCCUACAGAGACAACAACUACCGGUCCGACAACCACUGCUGGUCCUACAGUGACAACAACUUCUGCACCUACAACCACUGCUGGUCCUACAGAGUCAACAACUACUAGUCCUACAACCACUGCUGGUCCUACAGUGACAACAACUACCGGUCCUACAACCACUACUGGUCCUACAGAGACAACAACUACUGGUCCUACAACCACUGCUGGUCCUACAGAGACAACAACUACCGGUUCUACAACCACUGCUGGUCCUACAGUGACAACAACUACUGGUCCGACAACCACUGCUAGUCCUACAGUGACAACAACUACUGGUCCUACAACCACUGCUGGUCCUACAGAGACAACAACUACAGGUCCUACAACCACUGCUGGUCCUACAGAGACAACAACUACCGGCCCGACAACCACUGCUGGUCCUACAGAGUCAACAACUACUGGUCCUACAACCACUGCUGGUCCUACAGUGACAACAACUACCGGUCCGACAACCACUGCUGGUCCUACCGGGACAACAACUACCGGUCCGACAACCACUGCUGGUCCUACCGUGACAACAACUACUGGUCCGACAACCACUGCUGGUCCUACAGAGACAACAACUACCAGUCCUACAACCACUGCUAGUCCUACAGUGACAACAAAUACUGGUCCUACAACCACUGCUGGUCCUACAGAGACAACAACUACAGGUCCUACAACCACUGCUGGUCCUACAGAGACAACAACUACCGGCCCGACAACCACUGCUGGUCCUACAGAGUCAACAACUACUGGUCCUACAACCACUGCUGGUCCUACAGUGACAACAACUACUGGUCCUACAACCACUGCUGGUCCUACAGAGUCAACAACUACUGGUCCUACAACCACUGCUGGUCCUACAGUGACAACAACUACCGGUCCGACAACCACAGCUGGUCCUACCGUGACAACAACUACUGGUCCUACAACCACUGCUGGUCCUACAGUGACAACAACUAUUGGUCCGACAACCACUGCUGGUCCUACAGUGACAACAACUACCGGUUCUACAUCCACUGCUGGUCCUACAGAGACAACAUCUACUGGUCCUACAACCACUUCUGGUCCUACAGAGACAACAACUACUGGUCCGACAACCACUGCUAGUCCUACAGUGACAACAACUACCGGUUCUACAUCCACUGCUGGUCCUACAGAGACAACAACUACUGGUCCUACAACCACUGCUGGUCCUACAGUGACAACAACUAUUGGUCCGACAACCACUGCUGGUCCUACAGUGACAACAACUACCGGUUCUACAUCCACUGCUGGUCAUACCGUGACAACAACUACUGGUCCUACAACCACUGCUGGUCCUACAGUGACAACUAUCGGUCCUACAACCACUGCUGGUCCUACAGUGACAACAACUACCGGUCCUACAACCACUGCUGGUCCUACAGAGACAACAACUACCGGUCCUACAACCACUGCUGGUCCUACAGUGACAACAACUACCGGUCCGACAACCACUUCUGGUCCUACCGUGACAACAACCACUGGUCCGACAACCACUGCUGGUCCUACAGUGACAACAACUUCUGCACCUACAACUACUGCUGGUCCUACAGAGUCAACGACUACUGGUCCGACAACCACUGCUGGUCCUACAGUGACAACAACUACUGGUCCUACAACCACUGCUGGUCCUACAGUGACAACAACUACUGGUCCGACAACCACUGCUGGUCCUACAGUGACAACAACUACUGGUCCUACAACCACUGCUGGUCCUACAUUGACAACAACUUCUUCACCUUCAACAACUGCUGGUCCUACAGAGUCAACGACUAUUGGUCCUACAACCACUGCUGGUCGUACAGUGACAACAACUACCGGUCCGACAACCACUGCUGGUCCUACAGAGUCAACAACUACUGGUCCUACAACCACCGCUGGUCCUACAGUGACAACAACUACCAGUCCUACAACCACUGCUGGUCCUACCGUGACAACAACUACCGGUCCGACAACCACUGCUGGUCCUACAGUGACAACAACUACUGGUCCUACAACCACUGCUGGUCCUACAGUGACAACAACUACCGGUCCGACAACCACUGCUGGUCCUACAGUGACAACAACUAUUGGUCCGACAUCCACUGCUGGUCCUACAGUGGCAACAACUUCUGCACCUACAACCACUGCUGGUCCUACAGUGGCAACAACUACUGGUCCGACAACCACUGCUGGUCCUACAGAGUCAACAACUACUAGUCCUACAACCACUGCUGGUCCUACAGUGACAACAACUUCUGCACAUACAACCACUGCUGGUCCUACAGUGACAACAACUUUCGGUCCUGCAACCACUUCUGGUUCCACUGAGUCAACGACUACCGGUCCUUCAACCACUGCUGGUCCUACAGUGACAACAACUACCGGUCCUACAACCACUGCUGGUCCUACAGAGUCAACGACUACCGGUCCUUCAACCACUUCUGGUCCUACAGAGUCAACGACUACCGGUCCUUCAACCACUUCUGGUUCUACAUCCACUACUGGUCCUACAGUGACAACAACUACCGGUCCUACAACCACUGCUGGUCCUACAGAGACAACGACUACCGGUCCUUCAACCACUGCUGGUCCUACAGUGACAACAACUACCGGUCCUACAACCACAGCUGGUCCUACCGUGACAACAACUACUGGUCCUACAACCACUGCUGGUCCUACAGUGACAACAACUAUUGGUCCGACAACCACUGCUGGUCCUACAGUGACAACAACUACCGGUUCUACAUCCACUGCUGGUCCUACAGAGACAACAUCUACUGGUCCUACAACCACUUCUGGUCCUACAGAGACAACAACUACUGGUCCGACAACCACUGCUAGUCCUACAGUGACAACAACUACCGGUUCUACAUCCACUGCUGGUCCUACAGAGACAACAACUACUGGUCCUACAACCACUGCUGGUCCUACAGUGACAACAACUAUUGGUCCGACAACCACUGCUGGUCCUACAGUGACAACAACUACCGGUUCUACAUCCACUGCUGGUCAUACCGUGACAACAACUACUGGUCCUACAACCACCGCUGGUCCUACAGUGACAACAACUACCAGUCCUACAACCACUGCUGGUCCUACCGUGACAACAACUACCGGUCCGACAACCACUGCUGGUCCUACAGUGACAACAACUACUGGUCCUACAACCACUGCUGGUCCUACAGUGACAACAACUACCGGUCCGACAACCACUGCUGGUCCUACAGUGACAACAACUAUUGGUCCGACAUCCACUGCUGGUCCUACAGUGGCAACAACUUCUGCACCUACAACCACUGCUGGUCCUACAGUGGCAACAACUACUGGUCCGACAACCACUGCUGGUCCUACAGAGUCAACAACUACUAGUCCUACAACCACUGCUGGUCCUACAGUGACAACAACUUCUGCACAUACAACCACUGCUGGUCCUACAGUGACAACAACUUUCGGUCCUGCAACCACUUCUGGUUCCACUGAGUCAACGACUACCGGUCCUUCAACCACUGCUGGUCCUACAGUGACAACAACUACCGGUCCUACAACCACUGCUGGUCCUACAGAGUCAACGACUACCGGUCCUUCAACCACUUCUGGUCCUACAGAGUCAACGACUACCGGUCCUUCAACCACUUCUGGUUCUACAUCCACUACUGGUCCUACAGUGACAACAACUACCGGUCCUACAACCACUGCUGGUCCUACAGAGACAACGACUACCGGUCCUUCAACCACUGCUGGUCCUACAGUGACAACAACUACCGGUCCGACAACCACAGCUGGUCCUACCGUGACAACAACUACUGGUCCUACAACCACUGCUGGUCCUACAGUGACAACAACUAUUGGUCCGACAACCACUGCUGGUCCUACAGUGACAACAACUACCGGUUCUACAUCCACUGCUGGUUCUACUGUAUCAACGACUACGGGUCCUUCAACCACUUCUGGUUCUACACAGUCAACGACUACCGGUCCUUCAACCACUUCUCGUUCUACACAGUCAACGACUACCGGUCCUUCAACCACUUCUGGUUCUACUGAGUCAACGACUACCGGUCCUUCAACCACUCCUGGUUCUACUGUGUCAACAACUACCGGUCAUUCAACCACUGCUGGUUCUACUGAGUCAACAACUACCGGUCCUUCAACUACUUCUGGUUCUACACUGUCAACGACUACCGGUCCUUCAACCACUUCUGGUUCUACUGAGUCAACAACUACCGGUCCUUCAACCACUUCUGGUUCUACACAGUCAACGACUACCGGUCCUUCAACCACUUCUGGUUCUACUGUGUCAACAACUACCGGUCCCUCAACCACUUCUGGUUCUACACAGUCAACAACUACCGGUCCUUCAACCACUGCUGGUUCUACACACUCAACAACUACCGGUCCUUCAACCACUUCUGGUUCUACUCAGUCAUCAACUACCGGUCCUUCAACCACUUCUGGUUCUACACAGUCAACAACUACCGGUCCUUCAACCACUUCUGGUUCUACACAGUCAACGACUACCGGUCCUUCAACCACUUCUGGUUCUAUACAGUCAACGACUACCGGUCCUUCAACCACUUCUGGUUCUACUGUGUCAACGACUACCGGUCCUUUAACCACUUCUGGUUCUACUGUGACAACAACUACCGGUCCUUCAACCACUUCUGGUUCUACUGUGUCAACGACUACCGGUCCUUCAACGACUUCUGGUUCCACUGAGUCAACGACUACCGGUCCUUCAACCACUGCUGGUCCUACAGUGACAACAACUACCGGUCCUACAACCACUGCUGGUCCUACAGAGUCAACGACUACCGGUCCUUCAACCACUUCUGGUUCUACUGUGUCAACAACUACCGGUCCUUUAACCACUUCUGGUUUUACUGAGUCAACAACUACCGGUCCUUCAACCACUGCUGGUUCUACUGUAUCAACGACUACGGGUCCUUCAACCACUUCUGGUUCUACACAGUCAACGACUACCGGUCCUUCAACCACUUCUCGUUCUACACAGUCAACGACUACCGGUCCUUCAACCACUUCUGGUUCUACUGAGUCAACGACUACCGGUCCUUCAACCACUCCUGGUUCUACUGUGUCAACAACUACCGGUCAUUCAACCACUGCUGGUUCUACUGAGUCAACAACUACCGGUCCUUCAACUACUUCUGGUUCUACACUGUCAACGACUACCGGUCCUUCAACCACUUCUGGUUCUACUGAGUCAACAACUACCGGUCCUUCAACCACUUCUGGUUCUACACAGUCAACGACUACCGGUCCUUCAACCACUUCUGGUUCUACUGUGUCAACAACUACCGGUCCCUCAACCACUUCUGGUUCUACACAGUCAACAACUACCGGUCCUUCAACCACUGCUGGUUCUACACACUCAACAACUACCGGUCCUUCAACCACUUCUGGUUCUACUGUGUCAACAACUACCGGUCCUUCAACCACUUCUGGUUCUACUCAGUCAACAACUACCGGUCCUUCAACCACUUCUGGUUCUACACAGUCAACGACUACCGGUCUUUCAACCACUUCUGGUUUUACACAGUCAACGACUACCGGUCCUUCAACCACUUCUGGUUCUACACAGUCAACGACUACCGGUCCUUCAACCACUUCUGGUUCUACACAGUCAACGACUACCGGUCCUUCAACCACUUCUGGUUUUACACAGUCAACGACUACCGGUCCUUCAACCACUUCUGGUUCUACACAGUCAACGACUACCGGUCCUUCAACCACUUCUGGUUCUACACAGUCAACGACUACCGGUCCUUCAACCACUUCUGGUUCUACUGUGUCAACGACUACCGGUCCUUCAACCACUUCUGGUUCUACUGUGACAACAACUACCGGUCCUUCAACCACUUCUGGUUCUACUGUGUCAACGACUACCGGUCCUUCAACCACUUCUGGUUCUACUGUGUCAACGACUACCGGUCCUUCAACCACUGCUGGUUCUACACAGUCAACAACUACCGGUCCUUCCACCACUUCUGGUUCUACACAGUCAACAACUACCGGUCCUUCAACCACUUCUGGUUCUACACAGUCAACGACUACCGGUCCUUCAACCACUUCUGGUUCUACUCAGUCAUCAACUACCGGUCCUUCAACCACUUCUGGUUCUACUGUGUCAACGACUACCGGUCCUUCAACCACUUCUGGUUCUACUCAGUCAUCAACUACCGGUCCUUCAACCACUUCUGGUUCUACUGUGACAACAACUACCGGUCCUUCAACCACUUCUGGUUCUACUGUGACAACAACUACCGGUCCUUCAACCACUUCUGGUUCUACCGUGUCAACGACUACCGGUCCUUCAACCACUGCUGGUUCUACACACUCAACAACUACCGGUCCUUCAACCACUUCUGGUUCUACUCAGUCAUCAACUACCGGUCCUUCAACCACUUCUGGUUCUACACACUCAACAACUACCGGUCCUUCAACCACUUCUGGUUCUACACAGUCAACAACUACCGGUCCUUCAACCACUUCUGGUUCUACACAGUCAACGACUACCGCUCCUUCAACCACUUCUGGUUCUACUCAGUCAACAACUACCGGUCCUUCAACCACUUCUGGUUCUACACAGUCAACGACUACCGGUCCUUCAACCACUUCUGGUUCUACACAGUCAACGACUACCGGUCCUUCAACCACUUCUGGUUCUACUCAGUCAUCAACUACUGGUCCUUCAACCACUUCUGGUUCUACUGUGUCAACGACUACCGGUCCUUCAACCACUUCUGGUUCUACACAGUCAACGACUACCGGUACUUCAACCACUUCUGGUUUUGCACAGUCAACGACUACCGGUCCUUCAACCACUGCUGGUUCUACUGUGUCAACGACUACCGGUCCUUCAACCACUGCUGGUUCUACUGUGUCAACGACUACCGGUACUUCAACCACUUCUGGUUCUACUGUGUCAACAACUACCGGUCCCUCAACCACUUCUGGUUCUACACAGUCAACGACUACCGGUCCUUCAACCACUUCUGGUUCUACACAGUCAACGACUACCGGUCCUUCAACCACUUCUGGUUUUACACAGUCAACGACUGCCGGUCCUUCAACCACUUCUGGUUCUACACAGCCAACGACUACCGGUCCUUCAACUACUGUCGGUCUUACAGAGACUACCAGUAGCGGUCUUACAACCACUAAAGCUCCUACGACAACUGUCGCUCCUGUAACCACUACAGUUCCAUCGACCACCGAUAUCCCUACAACAACCACCGAUGUCCCUACCACAACCACAGCUGUCCCUACAACAACCACCGAUGUCCCUACAACAACAACCGAUGUCCCUACAACAACCACAGCUGUCCCUACAACAACCACCGAUGUCCCUACAACAACCACAGCUGUCCCUACAACAACGGUUGUCCUUACAACAACCACCGAUGUCCCUACAACAACCACAGAUGUCCCGACAACAACCACUGAUGUCCCUACAACAACUGCUACAGCCACAUCUCCAGGAUUCUUUGCGUUUGGAGAAGACCAAGGCGAUUUGUCAUUGUCCGUGCAACAGUCGUCCGAUUUGCUGACGCCGGCGGUGCCUCUGCCUACUACGAAUCAGGAAUACAACAGCCUCUCAGUUGGUGCCAAUGGUUUUAUUUCCCUCGAUACGACUUUCUUUUCGCUGAAUCCCGAGCAGUUCGAUUCGCCAUUCUUCACCACUGACCUGUUUGCGCCUUUCUGGAUGGACAUUGCUCGGCUGAAUGACAGUCAGAUCUUUUAUCAACUCUACGACAGAAACAAUGUCCAGCCUGGAACGAACAUGCUCAUCUUCAAUAAUAACCUGGACGCCAUUGACCGAUUCGUGAACGCGUAUAAAAACCAUACUAGCUACACAGCUGCCUGGGCUUUAGUUGUUACCUGGUACAAAGUCCACCCGGAAGUAUCGGCAAGCUCAGCAAGUGAGGAUGUAUCCUUCCAGGCAGUUAUUACAACAAAUGGUGUAAGGUCAUACUACAUGUCGUUAUACGAAAACUUCAACGCGAAACCGACAAUUGGCAGGCAAAUAUCAAUUGGCUAUAGGCUUAGCAGCCGCCUGAUAGAACAAAACGAACAUUCCUUCCAACCUUCCGCGUCCAGGUUAGACAGGCUAAAAGGAAAUCAGGAUUUGGUCGGCUUCUACUUUUACGAAAUAACUCCCACGGACGUCCAAGGCACUACGCCCCUUUUGGAAUGCCUCGCCUGGUAUAACGGAAACAUUGCUGGAACUGUUACCAACCCGAACCCAUUCGCCCUUCUGGUUCCGGACAUCACCACGGUUUGCCCAUGCGAUCCUGUAACGCGUUUGCUUGACUGGCGAUACUCCAUUUUGCCUCCUUACUACCGGGAUGGCAUGUACUGUGUUGCCGGACUACUAGAGAGUAUAUUUCCUGCUACCAGGGAAUGUUGCUAUAGAGGUCCGUUCGGAUUUUUAAUCCCGCAAGAGUCUCGUUUCCUUUCGAGGCAUCCUCUUUUCCCUGGCUUUGAGGCUCAAGAUGGCAUUCCUAGGAGGAAAUGUUGUGAAGAAUCAAAUGGCUGUCGCUAUUGGCGAAAUCUCCGACCAAUCACGCCCGUUUGUCGUGUCAUAUCACUUUUUCGAAUCGGCUUCCUGUUUGGCGAUCCUCAUUUCACGACUCUUGACGGUUCAUCAUUCACCUUCAAUGGUAAGGGAGAAUACAUCAUGCUGAAGGUCGAUAACGGGAAUCACAGUGUUGAACUGCAGGCACGAACGGGACAGGCUGUAUCUGAAAACGGAACAGACGUCGGGGCCACUGUGUUCACGGCAUUUGCUGGCAAAGAUUUCAACGCCAACGUUACCUUCCAGGUUCAACUUUCCGAUGACAAAACAAGUAUGGAGAUAUAUCUGGAUGGACGGGACUUUACGUUUCCCUUCCACAACGACACUGGUUUCAGUACCAUUGUGAAAAAUCAGAUAAACGCAGUGCGACUCGAGGAUACACUUUUCCUAGGGCUCAUCAACUCAGACAUCUCAUUGCGCAUCCAAGUGAGCGCCCGGAUGUUGUCUAUUUCGCCGUCUAUACCAGAUGGCUUGAAAGGCUCGUUGACUGGGUUACUGGGAAAUUUCAAUGAUGAUCCAGACGACGAUUUUAUCUUUCCAAACGGCACAGUAAUUCGGGGCAAUUUAACAGAGAAGGAAAUUUUCGACUAUGGUCAGACAUGGGCCGUCGACAAGGGCAAGUCAUGUUUCGACUAUUUUGGAAAGAAUUAUUCAACUUUCAACGAUCCAUCUUUCGUACCAGUUUUCCAAACUGACUUUAAUUCAAGCCAAAUUCAGGAGGCCCAACAAGUUUGUGGCAGAGAAAGUGGUCCAUGCGUCUUCGAUUACCUGGUGACAAAAGACAGGACAGUGGCCAUGUCGUCUGACAAAAUUGAUACGCAAGCUACUUCAACCCGCGAUGUCUUGCAAAAUAAACCACCGGUAGUUAAUGGUACGACAUCGAUAACUGCGGAAGUCGGCAAACUAUCAAGCUUCACAGUGACCGUGACUGAUUCGGACCAGGCCAACACCCCUUCUUACGUUAUCAUCAAUCAACCUGCCGCCAACUUCAGCCUUGAUAACUCUUCUGGACUUGUUAGUUGGACCCCGCAAAAUACUGACGUAGUCGGAAUAAGUUUGACCGCAGUAGACAAUUACAACUUUUCCGCGUCUCCACUAAACGUAAAGAUCGUCCUCUGUUCUGGAUGUAGUGGUAAUGGAAACUGUAGCUACUCCAGGACCAUUCCAACCACAGACGACGACUUCCAGUACGCUACCUGUGAAUGCAACAUCGGAUACGAAGGUACUAACUGUGAGGCGGAGGUAGACGGGUGUGUUGGUAGUCCUUGCUCUGUCAAACGGAACUGUACAGACCUGACUCCGACCGAAGAAGCGUUGUACGGGGCGCCAUUCAUUUGCUCUAAUUGUCCUGCUGGUUAUGAAGUGGUAGGAAGUGUAUGUAAAGACGUUAACGAAUGUUUGAAUGCCAGUGUCAAUACAUGUAGUCAGGAUUGUACUAACACGGAGGGAAGCUUCAUGUGUAGCUGUCGCAAUGGCUACCGAUAUACCAAAGGCGUUUGUGUGGAUAUCAACGAAUGUAUCGAAGAUACAGACGGAUGUGAACAACUAUGUGUUAACAAUGACGGAAGUUUCACCUGCACAUGUUUCUUUGGCUAUCAAAUACAAGGAGAUGGCAAAACAUGCAGUAAAGUUGUUGAUGUUUGUGAAACCCUUAAUUGCUCGUAUGCCUGCUCAAAUGCUACCGACAGCGAGAAUUUCAAGUGUCAAUGUCCCGGAGGAUACGAGCUUGAUUCUUCUGGGAAGAAUUGCGUUGAUAUCAACGAAUGUGAGAGGAAUAUUUGCCAACAUGAGUGCAGCAACAACGUUGGGAGCUACGAGUGUACAUGUGCAGUUGGGUACUCUCUGGAUCCGGACAAAACGUCUUGUAACGCAUGCGAGUUUCCAGCAUAUGGCCAAAAUUGUGCCAGUACCUGCACGUGUGGUGUAGGGGCGUCUACAUGUGAUGUGGCUCUGGGAUGCAUUUGUAUGAGUGGAUGGACUGGGACUGAGUGUAAAACAGAUAUCAAUGAGUGCGAGAUCAACCCUCUCAUCUGUGGAGCGGACAAAACCUGUCAGAAUAUCAACGGCUUGUAUAUAUGUUAUUGUUUCAGUGGAUACGAGCACAUCAACAACACUUGUGUCAAUAUAAAUGAAUGUCAGUUGGAAACACACACAUGUGUAGGCAAUGCUCUCUGUGAGGAUAACGACGGGGGAUAUACGUGUCAGUGUCCAACAGGCUAUAUUAAGGAUAGUCCCACCACGUGCUCAAACGUUGAUGAAUGUGCAACGGGCACACACUCAUGCAAUCAGAUUUGUGUGGACGCUGAUGGAAGUUACAACUGUUUCUGUGAGGACGGCUUCACGCUUUCAUCCGAUAGAAAGACGUGUAUAAAAGUAUCUGAUGCUUGCGCGGCAUUCGCUGGACUUACCUGUGGGUAUGCUUGUCGUAUAACUGCAGGGAAUCCAGAAUGCUUUUGUCCAAAGGGAUACCAGCUAACCUCUGACAAUCAAACAUGUGAAGACGUGAAUGAGUGUACGGCUGGACUGGAUCAGUGUAAUCAAGCCUGUACUAACGUACCCGGAGGAUACACCUGUUCAUGCGGUGUUGGAUACCGCUUGGAGAAUGACGGUCGUACAUGUACUGUAUGCGAUUCUGACCAUUGGGGCCAGAACUGUGCCAACCUUUGCCACUGCGGUCCGGCCGGUACAACUCGCUGUGACAACUUGAUAGGAUGUGUGUGCAAGGAGGGAUGGACAGGACCACAGUGUACAGAUGACGUCAACGAAUGUUUGAUCGAAGACCGGUGUCCGUUACCAAAUGAAGAAUGUCUAAACACACAAGGAACAUAUGAAUGUCGUUGUGUUACCGGAUACUCCAACGACACGGGCACUUGUCAAGAUAUCAACGAAUGUAAUACAACUAACGCAUGUACCCAGGACUGUACCAAUACAGAGGGAAGCUAUACCUGUUCUUGCUUUUCUGGGUUCAAGGGAACAGAAACUUGUACCGACAUAGAUGAGUGUGCCCUCCAUCAAGACGGAUGUGAUCAUUUCUGCUUUAACUCAGUCGGAAGCUAUAGGUGUACCUGUCGGGAUGGAUACGAUCUCGAUCUUCGCAACCGUAAAAAAUGCAUAGUUAAGAGCAUGUGCGGUACCUCGAACUGUAGUCAGAAUUGCGCAGUAGACAGCAAUGGGAUGCAAUAUUGUUCGUGUGAACCUGGAUUUUCACUGGCAGGCGACAAUUUGACGUGCAACAAUGUAAACGAAUGCACCGACAAUCCGUGUCAACAUAACUGUACCGAUCUGACACCUGGAUUCCAGUGUUCCUGCAACUCUGGCUACAAACUACAACCAGAUGGCGCCACUUGUAAAGAAUGCGAUCUUGGAUUUUAUGGAAUGAAUUGCAGCCAAUCGUGUGGAUGUGAUAUCAGGAAUACGUUGUCAUGUGACAAAAUGAGCGGACAAUGCACGUGCAAGAGUGGUUGGAACGGAAAGACGUGUGCGGACAAUAUCGACGAGUGUAGUCUUGGACUGAACAAUUGUCCUGCGUUGACCACUUGUCUGGACACCAAUGGAUCAUUUGUAUGUGACUGUAACCGUGGAUACGCUGUAUCUAACAACGGGUUGUGUGUCGAAUGUCCCAACGGGCGAUAUGGUUAUCAUUGUGAUAGUUCAUGCAUGUGCAACUUCAACCAUACGACGUCAUGUGAUAAGUUCAACGGUACGUGUAGCUGCAUGACGGGAUGGACAGGAAUGACAUGCGACACAAACGUCAAUGAAUGUGACGUAGCUAAUAUAUGUGGUGCUCAUGCUGACUGUAAAGACACUAACGGCUCAUACACGUGUGUCUGUGUCCAGGGAUACACGAAUGCCGGCAACGGCACAUGCAUAGACAUUAACGAAUGCCUCAUCGGUGCAGAUAACUGCAGUCAGUACGCUGACUGUAAUAACACUGAAGCCUCCUUCUCUUGUUCGUGUAAACCAGGCUUUGAAGGGGAUGGAUAUUACUGUACAGAUAUAGAUGAGUGCGCUAAUGGAACAGAUAUAUGUCUACCAAUCGCCAACUGUACCAAUACGAUAGGAUCAUUCUACUGCAAAUGUGAAGAGGGACUUCCUGGAGAUGGAAUCGUAUCAUGUACAGGUUUUACUGGACGGAUGUUCCGUUUAUUAACCUCCUUUGUCUACACUGUAACGGACACACAGGCUUUAGAGAACAGCUCUAGCUCAUACUACCAGGAACUCCUCACCGAUUUUACUGAAGGGUUCACUGACGCCUACAACAGAACCUUAGUAGACUUCAAAGGUGUUAGACUAACCGAUAUUAGGGCAGGCUCGCUCGUAGUGUACCAUGAACUAUAUGUGGUCAACAACUCGGAUGUGGUGAAUCGUCUGAUUAAGGCCAUUCAGGACAUCACAUUCGAACGAGAACCAUUUUACGCGGGAGGUCAAACAAUCCCCGUAAUUGUGUACGGAUUACAGGACCUUACCUCUGUUUACCGUAAUUACACAAAGGCGGGCGUCAAUGGGUGUGAUAUAUUGGACGCUGUCGAGCCUUGCACGGAGGGAGACGUAUGUGUCUACGCUGAUGGACUCUAUUCGUGCGGACCACCACAGCAAAUAGAUAACUUCGGGAUUAUCAUGGGCCUCGGAGUAGGGGUAUCAUUGUUACUGCUCUGCACGUGCUGUUGCUGUCUCUGGCUCGUGUUCAUGUGGCGCAAAAAAAGACGAAGGCAUCGGCAGCUAUCAGAACUAACUAUCGAUAGAUCACGAAGAGGAAGUGACUCAGAUGAAGUAAGUUCUAAGUUCUCCCGACAUUCCAUCAAACCGAUGUUUGACUUCGCACCCCAUCGUGACCCAUUCUACCUAGGACACGUGGAGGAAGACGCCCCGGGCUGGAGCUCAAAUGCUACCUCAGAUCACGGAGAGGAUGACUUCAAUUCAGUGGACGAGGCAGAACCGCCGCGUGAUGAAUCACCAACUCGUCCCUACUCAAAUUUCUCGUGGGAAUUUAUUUGGCCUUUGUCCCCGAAAGAAGAGUUCCGUAUUCCCAGGCCAACUCGACUACGAAGUCCAAAUCCUAUUUAUGAGGACAACGGGGAAUAAUCUGAACGUUGACGCAAACCAAAAGGAGACGAUUCUACGAUCGCCGACGCGAUGGAACUGGCGUUUAUUUUAACGACAAGACAAGACAUUCCAAUAUGAUAUAAAAAUGCAGAAACUUUUAAUAAUGAGUGCAACAAAACCAAAGCAUUAUUAUGUAUUUCAUUUUAAGAUGCUCUCAAAUGCAUUUUUAUUAAUACGGCAUUCAUUUUUGAAAACUAACACAUUCGUAAAAUAUAUGUAUAACAUUCCUUUGUCAAAAUGAUGAUGGAAUUUUUGUUUUUUAUCAUUAAUAAUAUUUGAUCCUGGUGAUUAUUUUUAUGCAGAUAAACUAUAUGUUUUAAUAGUCUGUCGUUAAUUCGAUCUGGUUCAUCCUAAAGCCAACUCAGUAUAUAUCAUUUGGCCUUCCCUUUCUUACGUCGCGGUUGUUUUAAAGUCAAUCAGGAAUUUUCGAAAAAAUGACUAUGUGUUUAAUGAACUAUACAAAUAUUUAUGUACAUAUAAUGCAUUCUCAUCAAUGAGUUUCGGGAUGCUAAGCAGAUGAUUAACAUGUAACGUAUCGCCUUAGAAAUAAUAUGCUAAAUCUAUGAAAAAAGUAUCCAUUAAUAUCAUUUAGUGUUUAAAUGCAUAAUAUCGUAAUGUCUUUAUUCAAUGAACUUGUAAAUUAUAUGUCCUAAUAAAAAGAGUUACAACAUUUUUUUAUUUAUCUAAAUUCAUCGGUUCAAGACCAACCUACCUAUUUACGAUUGUUAUUGAAAACGAUAACUAAGAGAAGAUGAAGAUGAUUUUAAACAAAUUACAGGAAUACACAAGUAAAUAGCUUAUUCACGAUUUUUGAUUCCAUAUACUUAGCCAUAGUAACUUUAUAUAACUUAUAUUUACGUACCAGAAUAUUCAAUGAUAACAUUAUUAGUAAUUCUGUUCAUCUGACGAGCUCUGUAAAAAUUCAGCAGUUAAGAAAAUAGAUAGACGAUUGCUUAUGUGAUUUAUGAGGGAAUGACUUUUGCUCAAUCAAUGUCACAAUGGUAAUAAUAGUAUUGCAUUCAUCAGUAAUUACAAUAAUCCAUUACUGUAUUUUUGUCUCGCAAAUAUUCGUGGGAAAAUAUUUAAUAGACUCCGGUUUCAUUGUACAUACCAUAUCAUUAAGAUCGUGAUAUUUGGCUUCAAAGCACUUAUGACGUCCUAAUAAAAAUAUGACGAGAAAACAUCGAAUUCAAGAUGCUCAGCGCCGACAAAACUUAUGAGAUACUAAAAUGGAAAAAAGACUGUUGUAUAUGUUUAUACAACACAAAAAGUUGCAAACUUUACGUUGUUACCACCUUUAAAAGAUAUGAGCUUAUAUUAAAUAUCAUUCCUAUGAAAUUACAAUCGAUUGUAAAUGCACCCGGAAGAAAUUUCACUUGUUUCACUUUGUUUGGUGAUUGAGGUUUUAUAUUUGUUGGCCUUUCUAAGAUAUAUUUCUAUUUUUGUGAGAAGCAGUGCGCUGUAGCAUCUUGAAAGCUAUUUUCGUGAAAUCAUUAAGCAAAAAAUAAAAAAUGAUUAUGAGGUGCUCGAACUGAUCUCAAACAUGUUCCAGUUAUGUCAUUUAUAUUUUCUUACAUCUAGUGCCUCGUUUUAAAAUAGAAAUACAUUCAGUAUGAGAAAAGUGAAGGGAACUUUACACCAAAGUCCCUCUGAUUCAAAUUCACGGCAUAUUUACAUUUUAAGUUGUUCGUAGCGUCAUAAAUAUUUUUUGUCACUUAUUAACGUGAAACUAUAAAUUUACAGUUGCAUAAUAUGAACAUUGAUUCAAUAUGAUUUCAAUAGAAUAUAAAACACUACCUACGAUAAUGCAAGAAGCAAUAUACUGCCCAUGGUGAAGAGCAAUUUAUUGUUUUCUUAAAUGACAAUGUGCCAAUACGCUAGUUUCUAAUUAUACACAUCUUAGUACACCAGUGUAACAUGGUUGUACAUUUUUUCCUCAUUGUUUUCAAGUGUCAUUCAGCAUUUUGAAUUUUAUUAGUUUGCUGGGCAAACGAAAUAAAAUUCUAUCAUUUGUAGCUAUCUAUGAAGCUGUAAUCAUUAUAUAAUGUUAUUUAAUGUUAUAUUACAAUUGCUUGGUUAUGCAAGGUUUGUAUGGUGGUUUUAUUUUGAGGUUUUAAUAUUUUGGAUAAGAUGUUAUAUUUUAUGUAGAUUAAGAAAGGGGAAUAAUAUUAUAUUUACAUGUUUAUAUUUUUCAAUAAAAGAUGCAUACUA